AUGGUGGCUGGAGCCCAGAGCGGACUCCCGGUCUGGCAAGGUCGCCCCCGAGGGCUGACCGUGCUUUCCCUCUCACCGCACCCCCCGCCCCACCCCGUUCCGGUUCCGGUCCCACAGUACAUCGCCGUGCACGUGGUCCCGGACCAGCUCAUGGCUUUCGGCGGCUCGAGCGAUCCCUGCGCGCUCUGCAGCCUGCACAGCAUCGGCAAGAUCGGUGGCGCACAGAACCGCUCCUACAGCAAGUUGCUGUGUGGCCUGCUGGCCGAGCGUCUGCACAUCAGCCCGGACAGGAUCUACAUCAACUACUACGACUUGAACGCGGCCAAUGUGGGCUGGAACGGCUCCACUUUCGCCUGAAGGUUGCCCUGGCUUGAUUUCGCCUGCACGGCCCUGCCCGGGGCCCUGCCGCACGCAGUAUUCUGUGCUUGUCCUCACCGCAGCGACCCCCACCCUCCCGAUCAGGAGAAAUAAAUGGUUUAGCGACCUUGACUGCCUCAGCU